CCUGGCGCUUUCCGCCCUCCGAGACACGUAUCCCGUUUUUUCACACACAACGUAAGAAUGUAGAAAACGUUCAAGGUGGCGUAAUAAACUCUGGAAGACAGCAGAUAACAUGUGAACAAAAAAUGGGUGGCAGUUGUGACCUCGACCCAGAAGCGUUCACUUGGUUGAAAGUUUACACCUACAGAGACCAUUUAGCUGCCUUAGAUAGUGUGCAGUUUCGUCAACCCACUAACGCUGAAUGUCAGCACCUUGACGUUGGUUGCGGACCGGGAAACUUUCUUUCGGACUGCUUGCUUCCGCGGCUGCGUCCGUUCAGACGCGUCGUGGCUAUAGAUGUAUCGCCAGAUAUGCUUCAACACGCCCGACGCCACUAUCCGCAGCGAGAACUCUCUUACGAGCAUCAUGACAUCGAAAACGGGGAUCCAGACUCGUUACUUCACAAGUACGGCUCGUUCGACCGGGUCUUCGCUUUCCUCACAUUCCAUUUCGUGUCUGACUUGAAGAAGGGAUACCACAACGUCCACCGCUUGCUUAAGGACAGUGGAGAGUGCCUGACUGUCAACUUCACAAGGACUGGCAUAACAGACGUGUGGCACCGGAUGUACCAGAAGCAAGAAUGGAGGCCCUACCUUCCUGACUUGAGGGCGGUUUUCGCGGAGAGGUUCUGCUUCGACAGGCCAGUGCCUGAAAGAGAGCUGAUGGAACGUGAGAAAAAGGCUGUGACUUCCGCUGGGCUGGAUUUGAUCUCCUGCAAGACUUACAGAAGCCAGUGGGUUCUUCCAAGUGUGAAAGCUUGUGUUGAUUUGUACGUGCCACUGUUCAAGCUGAAUGCCAAGGUUCCUAAGGAAAAACAAAGUGAAUUUGUGGACGCCUUGCAAUCCACAAUCUACGAGGCAUCAGGCACAAGCGCUGGACGCAUCGUGUUCAACUAUGACAGCAUUGUGACACACUCUCAGAAACGUCAAUCAUCACUAGCUUGCCAUUCGUGCAGAAGAUUGGAGUAUGUGUAAACAAGUGGAACUCUUGAAGAAGUGACAGCGAUGAUAGUGCUAAUGGAAUUUCUGUAAACUGUAGCGUUGCAGCAAGAAAAAUUAGAGGGCUCGUUUUUUUUGUUUCUUACAACCUUACUGAAAACCAGCAGAUAAUGAAGCCAAG